CAUCGGUUAUUUUCUUUUUCUUUUUCAUCAGGUAAUUUCAGAUUCCUAGAAGCAAUGGUAAUCUCGAAAUGCUCCGAAAUGGAAAAUGUCCACGACAACCAAGGAGAUACACUUUAUCAUCUCGUUUGUGCCGGAAAGAAGUGCACAGAAAAAAAAUGUAACGCGAUCAAGAUUCUUCGGAAGGCCAACAUAAACCCGAAUCUACCCAAUAGGAAGAACAUGCUUCCCUUGGACAUGGUUAACAAGAGUGAUUCCCGUUGGAAAAUGAUAAAUAAUGUGAUGAAAAAUUAUACUUCCAACAGUUCUAUUCAUUCUUCCUCCGAGGUAGAACCUGAAAAUACACCCGGCCAUGAACAUUAUCACGAAGACCUUUUUACAGCUAACGAAGACCAGUCAGUUGCUGGUGAACCGUUUUUGAAAGAAGAGGAGACUUCUUUGCCAAAAAAAGUUCUCCAGAUAUGUAAGACUGAUGAUAAAGAGCAACACAAAAUACAAAUGCGACAAAGAAUUGCCGCCCUGAUAGAUGCUUUGUCACCCAUUGCAGCGUUUGUUCCGGUAGAAACAGUUGAAGAACAGGAGGACAAUGAUAUGCUGGAUAACUCCUUUGUGGCUCCAGAUAAUACAGACCAGGACAAAAAACAGCAGCAAGACGAACUGGCUCCAACACCCUCGGACACCUCGGACAAACAGAGUGAAACAGAAGAAAAUGAAUACGAGUUGGCGGAAGACGACGCGGAGACUGAAAUUGACUCCCAAUCCCCAUUUGAGGACCUACUUUGGGAAGUCGACUGCACCGAUCGAGUGUGGAAAAAAAUGAGAAGCAGAAACGUUGACAAUAAGACGCGGAAGCAGUUUGUGAACAAAAUUAGAAUGUUAGCCAAUGGUAGAUGGAACAAUGAGAAACUUUGCAAGAGGCUAGAAGGAGUCUCCAAGAAGGAGGGUAUCCAGCUCUACGAGACAAGAUUAACCAGAGGUCAUCGAAUACUUUGGGAAAAAACUAUCGCUUUUUCUGGCAGACUAAGUGACGAUCCUGAGAAUCGCUUAAAGGAGGGAACUUCAGGAGGUAGAAUCUACACAGAGAUCAUCCGUGUUUGGGACAUUGUGUUAGAUCAUGACAAGAUUGCACGUUCAGUUGAACACAUCGUUAAGUCGCGUGACCGAGGAAUGGAUUGCCUUGUUAAAAAGAGACUGAAAGGUAUAUCUGUGGAAUCUAGAAACGACAGCACACCAUCAUCUGAGUGCAUACCCAACAAGUACGUGGAAAUAGAAGAUCUGAAUCACUCUACCCAGCCGCUGAGUAAGAACGAUGUUAAAGACAAAACGUCAAAGAGUGAAGAUUUUUCCCACAGUUUCUUUCCACCUGCAAGUUCAAAUGAACAAGAGUAUCACAUUCUCAAGUUUUACACGUUUAAUACACCACUCGCCAGAUCAGUUUUAGAGAGCGAUACCUCCACAAAAGUGGACUUCCCCUUUAAGAUUACAGAGCUGGAACAUGCUGUCGUUAAUCUCCAGCCCAAACCACGAACAUCCAUCAUUCUCUUGGGUCGUAGUGGCACCGGCAAAACCACCUGCUGUCUCUACCGCCUGUGGGUUAAUUACAAAACAUACUGGGAAAGUGCAGCAACUGCCGGUCCCUACAUUUUGAAACAUCCGUAUCAUGUGAAGUCCCUUGAAUGUAGCACUGAACAAGAACCUCUACAGAGAUCAUCUGAACAGGGAGCAUGUGGACAAGACGUAACAACACUGGCUACAAAACUUCAUAGAGUUGACGACUAUGAUGAUUCCUGCAUUGAUGAAAGCACACAGCAUCAUUCAAACGAGACACAUGGAUACGAAAAUUCACAUGUACAUCUUUCUAAGCCAGGGUCUCAAUGUGAAGAUUAUAUCUCUGAUGAAUCAGAGGCCGCUGGCCUUUGCGAUCACUUGCAUCAGAUAUUCAUCACGAAGAACACAGUUCUCUGCAGUGAAGUUGAAAGAAACUUCAACGAACUUAGUCGAGCAUUUUCGGCUGGGGAACAGCGUCUACGAUUUGAAGACCAACCAACCCCGGCAAGAAUUCAAGACGUUGCUGAAGAAAAAUGGCCACUUUUUGUAAGCUCAAGGGACUGGCUUUUGAUGCUAGAUGCAUCACUUCCCGGCGAAACAUUUUUCAAGCGUACCGAGGAUGGAAGCCUAGCGCUAAAGAUAGAAGGAUGGGGAGAGGACAGUACUCAUUUACACUUCAUUCCAGAUACAGAAUCAGACGAAGAAAGUGAUGAGCAGAAGGACGAAGAAGUUUCAAAAACUGAAGAGGAUAACGACGAACCAAUAGAAACAAGGAAAGAGCCUAAAAGUAAAAGGGACCCAAGAAGAGAAAUUACUUACCAAGUUUUUCAAAAUGAAAUUUGGCCAAAGAUGAAGAAGACCUUGAAGGAAAAAGAAAAAAAUGACUACAAUCCAACUCUGGUUUGGACAGAAAUUAGAUCUUUUAUAAAAGGUUCUGACGAGGCCCUGAUGAGUGAGAGUGGAUUCCUUUCACUCAAGGACUAUGAGACUCUUGGUAAAAAAAAGGCACCAAACUUUUCCGCGGAUAGAAAAGUAGUGUACGAACUUUUCCGUGAGUACCAACUUCAGCGCUUGCGGAAUGGGAUGUUUGACGAAGCAGACCUAGUGUUCAAUAUUCAUCGACGUCUACAAAGAAGCCCUGUUCCCGAGUGGUCAGUUCACCGUUUUUACGUUGACGAAACCCAAGACUUCACCCAAGCAGAGUUGUCAAUAAUAAUUCGUUGCUGUCGUUUUCCAAAUCUUUUGUUUUUUACUGGCGACACAGCGCAGAGUAUCAUGCGAGGGAUUGCGUUUCGAUUUAAUGAUCUCAGAACGUUAUUCCAUCGCAAUAAAGAAGAAGCCAUCAAGGAGGGGAAACCGGACGAUUUUAUUCGUGUCCCAAAGCUCUAUCAACUAACACACAACUAUCGAUCACACGCGGGAAUUCUUCGUCUAGCCUCAAGUGUCGUAGAUUUGCUGCUCCAUUACUUUCCUGAUUCAUUUGAUCGCCUCCAAAAAGAUGAAGGUUUAUUUGAGGGACCUAAACCGGUGCUAUUAGAAGCCUGCAGUCCCACGGACCUCGCCCUGAUUCUUCAAGGAAAUCAGCGACAUUGGUCCAGAAUUGAAUUUGGAGCUCACCAGGUAGUUCUUGUGGUUUCUAAUGAGGCCAGAGAGGCAAUGCCAGAUGAGCUUAAGCAGGGGCUAGUGAUGACCAUCUAUGAAGCAAAGGGACUGGAGUUUGACGACGUUUUGAUUUACAAUUUCUUCAAAGAUUCUCAGGUAAGAGAGGUACAGUUCUUCCAUUACUUAGAUAACAACUUGAGAAGUAAAAGAAUAUUACUUUUGAUUGAAUUACCAGACUGUCAAAUUAUUGCAUGCCACAUAUAGUUUGUUUACCAAUGACAUGUUAUUGUUAAUUUGAGUGAAUACUACGAGCAAAAAUGUUACGAGAAGGAUCACAUACAUGUAAAGGUAUUUUGUUAUAAAAAAGGGGCUAUCAAAGUAAAGUUUGGUUACGGAUCCUGUUUUGAAUGCAGCUAUAUCAAACUGUGAGUGUUUGGCAUGAAGCAUACAAUUAACAGUUAUUGAAUGAGGCUGAGUAUCUUAUGAAGAAUUAUGGAGAUCGAGGAGGGUGUUAUCCGUCGAGGCCGUAGGCCGAGGCGGAUAACACCCUCCGAGAUCUCCAUAAUUCUUCAUAUGACACGAAAGCCGAAUUCAAUAACUGUUUUAUUAUUCAUUCAAAAUAAUUCCUAGUUUAAAAACAUAGCUAAAACAUGCUUACCUCCAUCGAUCCAUCGAUGUUCAGUUCAUCUUCGAUAGUGUGCGUUUAGGUUUGUCCAGCUCCGCAAAUAUUCUCCAAAUAGCAGAUGUCGCCCUUCAAGUUGUCUUCUUGCUGUUCUUGCCAUGUUUUUAGCUAUGUUUUCGCCUAGUUCUUACUCUUGAAACGAGUGAAAUGUCCGUCAUUUUUUCAAGUUCACAACCAAAACAACUCAACCUCAUCCCCAGGUCUUCUCGGUUAACGGUGCCUUAACCUGCGAAAACGCUGCGUUUUUGACGUCAUUUCCUCGUUAAGGUCAAAAUUCUUCCAAAUUUGGUUAUCAGUCACUGGUUAUGGUGAAUUAAACGUGUGCUUUUAGCCAAUCAGAAUCGGGGAAAUAUUUUGAAUGAAUAAUAAUUAGCAAUUAAUAAAUGAGGCUGAGUAGGAUAUGAAGAAUUAAGCAGAUCGAGGAGGGUGUUAUCCACAGAGGCCGAAGGCCGAGGUGGAUAACAUCCUCCGAGAUCUGCUUAAUUCUUCAUGUCUUACGAAAGCCGAAUUCAUUAGUUGCUUUAUUAUUCAUUCAAAAUAAGUCCUAGUUUAAAAACAUAGCUAAAACAUGCUUACCUGCAUCGAUGUUACUUUUAUCUUCGAUAGUGUACGUUUAGGUUUGUCCAGCUCCGCAAAUAUUCUCCAAAUAGCAGAUGUCGCCCUGCGAGUUGUCUUCUUGCUGUUUUUGCUAUGUUUUGCCCAUUAUUUCGCCCAGUUCCAGCUAUAGUUCUUACUCUUGAAACGAGUGAAGUGUCCGCCACUUUAGUUUCCCCAGGUCUUCUCGGUUAACGGUGCAUUAACCUGUGGAAGGCUGCAUUUUUGACGUCAUUUCCUCGUUAAACACAAAAUUCUUCCAAAUUUUGUCAUCAGUAACUGGUUAUGGUGAAUUAUGCGUGUGCUUCUAGCCAAUCAGAAUCGGGGAAAUAUUUUGAAUGAAUAAUAAUUGGUAUUAUUGACUCGCAGGGAGCAACGAUGGCACAAGAGUGAGAGCAGUAGCCUCCCACCAAUGUAGUUCGGGAUCGAGUCCCAGUGCCGACGCCUUAAGUGGGUUAAGAUUAUUGUCGUACUUUUCCCCCUCUUCCCAAAGACUAAAGUUCCAUUCUGAUAUGGAAAGCAUGCCCAAUUUUGCUGAGGGCAUUUCAACGGCCACUGCUUUGUCAGUAAUUUUCUCUAAAAUAGGUUUUUAUCAUACUAGGCUGGAAAAGAAUGGAGAGUUGUUACAAGUUUUGUGGAACAACAAAACAUGGCCAGCGCCUCUAGUUCAACUGGGCUGACAGAGAUAACUGAGGAAAACGUCCAGAUGAAACCCUCGCGUCCCCUUGAAUUUAAUCCUGAAAAGCACAAGGUUUUAAAUUCUGAAUUCAAGUUUCUGUACACUGCCAUUACUCGAGCGAGGGUGAACAUUUGGUUCUUCGACGAAGACGAGGGAGCUCGUGCACCGGUGUUCGAAUAUUUCCGCAGACUGAAGCUGGUUAAUGUGGUGACGUUAGAAGAUCAGGGGAAGGGGACAGGUCAACUGGCUAGCAUGUUUGCUGUUAAGUCAACACCAGAAGAAUGGCGAAAAGGGGGAAUGCGCUUUUACAAGAAGAGAUUGUGGGUAGCAGCGAUACAGUGUUUCACAUUUUCUGGCGAUAUGUUAAUGCUCCAGAAAAGUCAAGCACAACAACAGGCAGCAGAGGCCAUCAAGUUCCGUUCUACAAACCGCCAAAUGAUGCGAGACGAGUUCCUGCGCGCUGGUGAAAGCUUCCUGCAAUGUGAAAUGUAUGACAAAGCUGCGAUUUGCCUGAACAAUGCACGAGAAUGGACUCUUUUGGCCAAGCUUUACAAAAAAACGGGGAAGGUAAGUAUGGAAUGAUAUGCCUAUGCAGACUUUGUGGCACUUGAAGACGGUAUGCGUUUGUCUACUUUGCGUACUUGAAUACUAGUACUCUAGGAGCAGCAUGGAAAUGUAUUUGCCGUAAAUAUAUUUAAUCUGAAUGGUCAAUAAAAUAAGGCUGACAUACCAAUACUGCCAAUGUUAUUAUUGAAACUCUGUUAGACAAAUUUGAUCGCUAACAUUUCUCGUUUUCUUGACUUCUAGUAUCAAGAUGCUGCUCGACUCUUCAAAAAGAAAGGAUUGUAUCAAGAAGCCAGCAGAUGCUUUGAAUCGCAGAACAACUACCGUGAUGCCGUCGAAACCUUGUGCUUGGCAGGCUGUAUUGAGGAAGCUUUAAACGCCAUGGAGCGUUUCCAAAUCCUCUCUUCAAGUGUUGAUUUGGAGGGGAGACAAGGAAUUAUUCCACCCAAAACUACUCGUACUGUGGAAAGGAUGCGUCAUCAACUGGCUGACAAGCAUUUUAAGGAAGGAAACAAGGAAAAAAUGGAGGAAGUUCUUCGACAUCUUCCAUCUACCACCGACCGCAUUACAUUCUUGAAGAGACGUGGGUGUGUAAUUGAGGCAGCUAGAGUAAUGGGAGAAGAAGGAAAGAGAGAUGAAGCUGCGUCUCUUUUGAGAGACGAAGGAAUGUUUGAGGAAGCAAUCGAGUAUUCAAUUCAUUCUAAGUUUACCGCUGACUGUCUCCUAUCACAAGCUCGAACAACAAAGAAUAAAAUAGAUAUCCCGGGGAUUCUUAAAAAGGCUCUGGCGAAGUAUGAAGAAUGUACAGACCUCACAGGCCAGGCGGAGGUAUUGCUAAUGCUGGGUCAACAAUCAGGCGAGGUUGAAAAAAUACAGGAAGCUGGAAGAUUGUUUGAGAAGUGCAAAAAUUACUGUGGGGAAGUAGAGAGUUUAACACAGCUGCUCAAGACAACAUGUUUCUCGCCACCAGAAAGCUUUAGUCAGUGGAUCAUUGUAAGGGCUUUAGAGAGACUUCUACGUCUUAUCACUCUCUUGUACAAGCCUAUCAAGCAGCGUUCAUUGCGGGAGCGUAGUGAAGUGGAAAAGUGCGAGGAGCACUUUGGACUUUUCAGAACUGAAACUGAACGACAAAAGGCAUAUUUUUGUAAACAAGGUGGGAGAUUCUCCGACGUAGAUCCUGACUUUGUCCAGCGCCAUGCUUCUAAAAGUAAGGCGAUCAUUGACACAGCCGAGGCCCACCUGAAGAUUGGUCGGUUUCUGAUAAAUUCAUCCUCAAAACUCACAUUUAUGAUUCAAAAGAUGUUAGAAAACACUUUUGCUAAAAAUUCUCUGUGCAAGAAGUUAGCCGAGGGAAUUUUUUGUGGCGAUUCAAGUUGUACCUAUCAGCACAAAGAUUCAGAAGAACGUUUUAAAAAACGCUUUCAUGCCUUGUUCAACUUCGUGUAUCUGGAAUCAGUUGUUGAGAAAAGCAUUUCAGAGAUGACUGCUAACAAGAUUGGAAACGACAUUUCUCCGUUAAUUGACAGGGACUUCCAGAAAUUCUCUACAUGUCAACGUUUUUAUACCUUUUUGUUUCCCCCCUCUGGCUGUCGCAGCUAUCACCUCACCUGGCCACUCGUUCGUAAUAUUAGGAUAACCAAAGCGGUGAACAGACGUAUUUUGCAGUUCGCAAACUUCUUAUGGGAAGGGACGCCCGAGGAAAAACGCCGUUCAGACACGAACAACUUUCUGAAAGUUUCAUCUUCUCUGCAGCUGAUUGGGUCUUCUUCGUUUAUGGUGGAUUGGAUUUGCGAAGAGGAGAACAAGUUUCAGACAAAGGCAGGAAAGUCAAAAAAGCCGACUAUUUUUCAGUUAUCGAAGAAUGGAAUGGUUUUCAACAAGGGUAAUGGUCGUUGCGAAAGCUAUCUUCAGUGGUGGGAGGACGGCAAGAAAAGGCUAUACGUGCGUGGUGAUGUGGCAAACGCAGCCCACCUGAUUGUAAGACGCUUCCUCACCCUUACAGCCAAGCGAAGUGGUAUGAUCUAUCCAUCAAUUGCCAACACAGUGAUGAUUUUAGAGCACCAGCUGACUGCCUGUCUUGCACUAUACACCAGAUUGUGUACAGAGUACCAAUUUCCGAUUUGUUUGCCAGGAAGCUAUUUAACCAUGGUAAGGCUUUGGGACAGCUUCAUACCAAGUGUCGAAAGGGGCACCUUUACCCUGUAUGAGGCAGUUGAGCAUAAUGUUAGACAAGAGAGAAAUAUACCAAGACUGCUUAACACCAUCCGUUCACUUUUGAUCUACAUGGUGGAGUUGACAUGUGGUAAAGUGGCUUCAUUGUUUGACGUUUUGGGAGACGCCCUGAGUUCUAACGAAACCCCAACAUACAGCACUUCUGGAGAAUCUGAAAGGACCCUGGUACUCUUCCUUACCAUGCUUUGCAAUUGUGGAAAAGGGAUUUCUCCUUCCGUAGAGGGCAUCUUACUGGGAAAAGUCCUCAAUAUCACGCCAAAUGCUUGCCUUCCAAACCGCUUAAAGAACAUGCUAGGUGCAGUCCAAGAGGCCAGAGGAUACCGAGACGUCGUAAAAACGUUGAGUGAAUUUUUACAGAGUCGGGGCGAGGUAUUUUAUGAUCUUCGUUGGCAUAACGGUAAGCUUUGGUUUGAUAGACCAGUCAAUCCGAGCAAUUACCGUCAAAGUUUUUAUAACGAUUUAUCCAAGAUGCGUGAAGAAUUACGACAGGCGCAAGUACAAAGUCCCCAAUAUGGAGAAGCAGGUGACUCACACAAUGUUGGCUCAGACGUAGAUCUUGAUGCGACUAUAGACAACAUGGAAGUGAGGUAUACAGAGGCAGAAUUGAAAGAGAAAGAGGAUGCUAGGAAAGAAGUAGCUGCCAAGAAAGUCCAAAGGUGGUACAAAGGACUAAGGCAAGCAAAAGUUGAGCGAGCUACAAAACUAGCGAGGUUAAAAUCUAUGGAAGAACAAAUGGUGGUAACGAAUGCUGCUGAGGAACACUUUUUGAGGUUUAAAGUGGACUUGUCAGCUUGCGGAAUAUGUGGAACAAACUUCAAAUCAUCAACAGAUGAUCAUCCAGUAAUGAAUCAGGAGGAUCAUGAAGGUGGAUCACUUUGAUUACUUAUUUCUGUUAUUCCUUGAAUCCACUCGUCUACCACUUUCUUGUCGGCCCACCUUUCCUCUCUUCAUUCGUUCACCCAGCCAUUCGUCCACCCAUGCGGUCAACCAUUAAUAUAUUCUGUCAUCCUUUAAUACCAUUAUUUGUUCUUUUUCUCAUUCAUUUACAUCUGUGCAUACUGUACACUUGUGAAUCUGUUCAUACGUUCUUAGCUCUCUGAAUUUUUGUUAACUUUUUCGUUUUAGGAGACACACCAAAUGAGGAGAUUGAGACAUUAGAAGCCCACGAAAAAACGUGGGCUCAUGCGAAAAAAGAAGAAGAAUUCCAGCUGUAUAAAGAGAUCUACUUAGUAGAGAUCCAUCCCUGUUUGAUGAAAGAAGAAGAGCUUCGAAAAAUGGCGGAGAAUAUUUCUUCAUCUGCUAACAUAGAUCUUGAUUUAGAGCGUCUGGAAACGCCUCUGUCUGUAGUAAAGAAAAGAGUGCAGUCUAUUGAGGCAUCACUGGACUGGGCAAAUACCAGUUUGCUUCAAACCGCAGUAAACGAACUAGAAGCUACACUGCAAGAAACAUCCAUACUGUUGGAGGAAGGUAUA